GUCCUUUAGUCCUCAACCCAAGCUAUACCAUAAUGCACUUGCUAGGAGCUAAUAAGGGUCGUCAGCUGCGAGGUUUUAGAGGCUUAUUUAAUAAAAGUUCCAAGUCCUCAGUGGACACACAUAUUGGAGUUCCACCUCGUAAGCGAUCCAUAACCGACCACCUCCUUCGGAGGACUGCCAGUGCCCCUGCUAAGGGCCGCAAAAAGAUAAAGAUGCCACUGACUGAAGCUACAAGUGACAGAAAGCACAGCACUGGGGACCCUCAAACCACUUGUGUAGAGAGGAGAGCAGGAAACAGAAAAGCCCUCCAACACCGCCCAGCAUCCAUGCCCCUGGAUAAGCUCCUACAUAGUCACCUCAGCCUGUCCACCCCAGAUCGGGAGGGCCCUGAUCCUGGAGCUGACACAGUCAUUGAUUCCUUCCUCAGUGAGAAACCCAGAUCUAUCUCAGUUGAUCUCCUCUUUGAAACUUCUGCCUUCAAAGAGCCUGAUGUCAAUGCCCUUUCAGCUGACCACAUUCAAGACUGUAAUAUUGAGCCCAAAGAUACAAAAGAAACUCCUUACCUGGUCAUUGAGGGCAGUAGGGAAAGUCUGGGUAAUCCUAACCAGGAACACUCAAGAGGUGGUCUCACCCAGACCGAAGCUGAUAAAUUAUGUUCUUCCAAAGGGCCAGCAGACCACUUGUCAGGUCAUACAGAUCAAUGUAAUGGCGGCAGUAGCUCACUUAGUGAAGUAAGUCAUAGAGAAUUAAGCCAGUUGGAAGCCCCUAAAAAGAACAUUCUAACAGCCAAGGCAGCCACGUAUUCCUUGACUUCCUCUUCUUCCUUAUCUUCAGGAACCAUCACCAAAUUCUCUCCUAGAAUGACUCUGCCAGACCAGAAGAGUCAAGUGUCCCUCCAGGACAGUGCUCUCUCUCGCCUUAUUGACGCCGUCUCACUAGAAAACGAGUAUGACACCUGUGGAUCCAUAUCUGCUCUGAUUGGCCAAUUUGAGCUCACUGCUGAGCAGAGCUCCCUAAUUCCAUUCAACUCACAACCCAUGAAAAAUUAUAUUCCUUCAUCUGACCUUCCUCAUCUCAACACUGAGCUUUCCAGCACACCACUAAAAGUUAUCCAAAAAUCUGUGUGCGUAACCUCAGAGCUAACCGAGAGACCUUCUAGUCCUGAAACGACUGAACCUGCAGUCUUUACCAUCUUGGAUGAGGAGGUGCUUUCUCCUGUACCUACAAAGAGCCUUUGUCAAACCAACUUUCACAAUGACUUGGUUGGUUCUCAUGUGGUCAGCAAGAGAUCCUCACCCAACAAGAUGGCUUUAGAAUGGUCUGCACGUGGAAAUCUAAAGCAAAACUAUAGCAGCGAAUGCCAUUCCACUGGUUCCUUUAGAAACUUUGAAUUUGGAGGAUACAGAGAAACCUCAAUCAAUAGCACCCCCUCAGACCGCUUCUUGCUGUGCCAAGACUCUGCAAGCAGCAGUCUGAUGGAGGUGGAGAUCAAUGUAGACGGGGAUCCCUUAGACAACACACCGACCCAUUUGAGUCCCUUUCACGGGUUCAAAAGUGUUCACAGCUUAAACCAGACCUCCCCCUAUCAUGUACAAAGACUUGAACCAACCCAUCUCCACAAACCCUCAUACAAUCCCUCUCCUGUUCACUCAUACUCCACAGACACAUCACUCUUUCACAGACACUACCAAUCUCCACACCAAAGUCUGAACUCUAGCACCUACCUUACUAACAAAUUGCAGCGAAGGAAGUUUAACUGUUAUAAUGACUCCGGGAGAUUUACACUUGGUGACCACAGAAUAGAUGACCCAGAGGGAAGGCACCAGGAGACAAGAGACCAAAACAGCUUGGUCAGCAGGGCAGAGCAUAUACACAAAAGCUCUUUGACCUCAGAAUGUCUUGCAAAGACUCAAGGCUGUCAUAAUUUGUUAAAGAGGGACUUGUACACACCUGUAUCAGACUACAACAUGAUUUCAGUUGAAUCGCAAGACUCUUAUACCCAGCCAUCUUCACACAAUCAGGCCUUUCCUGUACCUCCUCCUCAGCUGUACAAUGGACUCUCUCCAGCUUCCUCCAAGUCCAAGAGCCUGGGAGACCUGACCUCUGAGGACAUUUCAUGUAACUUUCAGAGCAAGUACAAGUCAAUCAGCCGAAGUUUUGUCACUCCUGCAAUGAAAGACCAAAGACGGAUCUGUGGGUUGUCUGGUCGUCCGAAGUCCACUGAUCCCUUAACUGAGCAGCUUCGCAAGCUUGUAACGUUGGAAAAUGAAGACUAUGCGCGCCCCCUCCCCUCUUGUUCACAACUCAUCCCGAAACCCCUUUCAGUGCUCCCUCUGGUUUCUCAGAGCUCUGCCGAUGAUCCUGAAGACCCUCCACCAUUUCUGUCAAGGCGACUGUCGUCCCGCAGUCAAAGUCGUGUACGUCAUAUAGCCAAUCGCGCACGUGAGAGACAGCAGGAGGCUUUCAAACACCGGCCUGUUGAGGGUGCCAUGGAAGUAGUACUCCGUAAUAAACCAGUCUCCUCCCAAAAUCCUCCACUGAACAGGCAUUCUACAGGCUCCUAUAUCGCUGGUUACCUGGACCAGCUGGGUCCUGAGGCCCGAGGCUUGCCUGAAGGAGCCUGCACCUCACUACGCUAUGGAUACGGAGAUCGGUACUAUAAUGAUGAUUCUGUACUCCCUCCUGACUUCUCCAACUCAUCAGAACCUGAGGUCUUCUUCCUACUUAGGCUUUGACCUUGCAUCUCACCUGCUGUUUUUGACUGUGCAUGUAU